GAAGCAGCGAGGCCCCGCGGGGGCGGGGUUUCGAGGCCUGACCUUUCAGGUUCCCCGGGGAGGAACGGCGAAGCGGGAGUCCCGGGGGGAGCCCCCACUCCACCCCCAGCCCGGGACUGGGUCUCACCUGCACGGGGCCGAGCCCACAGUGCGAGUUGCUAUAGGGUGACGGCACCCUCCACAACAUAUUUCCAUCCAGGCCCAGACAUGCCCGUCCUUGUAAGGUAAAAACUUCAAUGAGAGCCUUCCUCCUCCAUAAAGCCUCGUGGUGGAACAUCUGUCUGACCUAUUCAAAUGGAAGGAUGAACGCUGGAUACAGGAACACGAUGUGAAUGGAAGAGACCUGUCAUUAUGCAAACAUUACGGCACUCUGAACAGACGCUGAAAACAGCUCUCAUCUCAAAGAACCCAGUGCUUGUGUCACAGUAUGAGAAAUUAGAUGUUGGGGAACAGCGUUUAAUGAAUGAAGCCUUCCAGCCAGCCACUGAACUCUUUGGACCUAUUACCUUGCAUUCACAAUCAGAUUGGAUCACCACCCAUCCUGAGGCUCCCCAAGACUUUGAGCAGUUUUUCAGUGAUCCUUACAGAAAGACACCCUCUCCAGAGAAACGCAGUAUUUAUAUACAGCCCAUUGGAUCUCUAGGAAACACCAGAAUUAUCAGUGAAGAAUAUGUUAAAUGGCUCAAGGGGUACUGUGAAGCAUUUUUCUAUGGCUUGACAGUAAAACUCCUGGAACCGAUUCCUGUUUCUGCAACAAGGUGUUCCUUUAGAGUCAAUGAUAACACACAAAACCUACAAAUUCAUGCAGGGCACAUCCUGAAUUUCCUAAAAAGGAAGAAACCUGAAGAUGCCUUCUGUGUUGUGGGGAUAACAAUGAUUGAUCUCUACCCAAGAGACUCCUGGAAUUUUGUCUUUGGACAGGCCUCUUUGACAGAUGGUGUGGGGAUAUUCAGCUUUGCCAGGUAUGGCAGUGAUUUUUAUAGCUCAUACUAUGGAGGCAAAGUGAAGAAGCUCCAGAAAAAAUCUUCGAGUGACUAUUCAGUUUUUGAUAACUAUUAUAUUCCUGAAAUAACUAGCGUUUUGCUGCUUCGAUCUUGUAAGACUUUAACCCAUGAGAUUGGACACAUAUUUGGACUGCGACACUGCCAGUGGCUCACCUGCCUAAUGCAGGGCUCCAACCACCUGGAGGAAGCGGACCGGCGCCCUCUGAACCUUUGCCCUAUCUGUUUGCGCAAGUUGCAGUGUGCUAUUGGCUUCAACAUUGUAGAAAGAUACAAAGUAAAUGGGGGCCAGGGCAGGGGGCACCGGGCGCUAGUGAGGUGGAUUGAUGAUGACUCUGCUGACACACCUGGAGUGACUCCAAAAAAUAGCCGUGCGGAUAAUGUGAACUUGCCGAAACCUGUUGAAGCUUUUAAGGAAUGGAAAGAGUGGAUAAUAAAAUGCCUUGCUGUUCUUCAGAAAUGAGGACCUCCAAAUAGGAGUAGUUAAAAUAAAUACUUGCACAUUAUAUUUUCAUUUGGGUUGAGUAUUUCAUUGGAAUAAACUAUUGGCUGAUUCUC